AUGAACUCUGGGUUUAUGUUUCCUCCAGUGGGGAAAGAAAACAGGGCACAUGGUACCUUACUUUCUGAUGAUAUGGGUAAUGAUUUUAAGUUUCCAAGUGAGAAUGUGAACCAAGUAGAGGUUGAAAAGCAACAACAGUAUCCUUCCACCCAGAUUGACCAGGGGGCUGUGCAACAUAGCAAUACAGAUUAUCCUCAACAGACACUGAAUAUCAUAGACAUUCCACCGGUAGAUCCUAAUGGUGUGACCCCAGAACAAUUCCAUAUCAAUGCAUUGCAAUUGAACAAGCCGGGAGAUAACCUGUCGAACAAAAUUACAAACAAUAUAAAUUACAGCAUCAACGAGGUAUCUCAGCAACCAAGACCUGAUCCUGCAUCUGCUAAUAGUACAUCCUCAUUCCCCGAUGAAUACGUUGCCGGAUUAAGACAGAAAUCGGCAACUGACUGGAAAAGUCCGUCUGAAUACGCAUUACACAUUCUUUUCACAAAGUUCGUAAGAUUUGCCGAGAUGAAGCUUAAUAUAUGUUUACAAUAUCCGAGAGAGACGGAACCUCCAAUUAUAGAAAUUUUAGGAGAAGGCAAGGAUAUAGAAUUUGACAAAAUUAUAGAAUCGUUGGGUUUCAUUUCCAAGAAAAAUGCGAAACCGGUAAUAGAUGCAAUGAUGUUUUGGAGGAAGACAAAGUCUGAAGUAGCUGCUUUAGCAGCGGAAAAACUGGAUAAAAUCAUGCAAGAAUAUGAGCAGUAUGUGAAGAAUAAUGAGCAAGUUCUGGCAGCUAGUCGAACUCACUCAAAAUCAUCUAGCUCAGCUAGCAGCAGGUUGACACAUAGAAGAAAUACCUCAUCAAAGUCCUCUACAAGCCUGAAUUCUCAUUCAGAUCCCAAAUUUGCAUCAUUAGAGAACCAGGUAGAGAGAACAAAAGAAAUGGCUUUCCAGGCCGAUAGAAAAUCUCUUAUUACCAUUUAUAUUUUGUGUCGUGUUUUGAUCGAGAUUGUCAAGCAGAAUCCUAUGGACUUUGAUGAUGAGUUAAGUACGAAGCUUGAAGGUAUCGUUUUCACACAAUUGAAGACUACCGAUCCAUCAUCACUGUCUUCAACGCUAAUUAAAUCAGCAAAUUGGAACUCGUUCGCGGAAUUAUUAGGCUGGAUGAGUGAAAAAAAGUUUAUCUCUGUCAGUGAUAAAUUUAUAGCAGAUCUCGAAAAAAUCCCUCCCAAAGUUCCCCGUGAUCAAGAGCCCUCUGUGCACCUUUUAAUCCUAGGAAUGCGUUAUUUGAGGCUUAAAAACUAUCCUCUAGAAAUGUUUGAGGAAAGUGCAGGGUUCAUCAAAUCUAUUUCGAAGUUCUUUGCUCCGUCCCAAAACACUUCUAUUCGUUUGGCUUAUGCUGAAGUACUAAGUCAACUUUUAUUGCCGUUGGCUGGAGCAAUGACAGCAGAGGCUAAUCAUCCAACGUGGAUAGAAGCAAUGACGUCGAUCCUAGCUACCUGUAAAAAACUUCAAACUGACAGCAAAUGCUGGACACUUGCUUUCAAGUUGACCGUGGCAGUGUUGUGUGUCUCAGAUACUGAAUUGUUUUCCAAAAACUGGUUAUCUUUGAUCGAGAAGAACGUUACCAAAAUUAAAUCUAAGUCAUUAGAAGAUCGUGUUGCUUUCUCCAUGGGCCUUUCAAGGUUGAUAUGGGUCUAUCUUUUCAGAUGUACUGAAACCUUAAACAAUACAGACAAAACGUUGACAAAAUUGUUCUCGUUAUUUUUGAGUUCAAAGAAGAAGGAGAACUGGAUCACGACAGAUAUGGAUAUCAUAAACCCUCUAUGUGAUGUUUUCGUGACUGUGGGAUACGUUCAUCCUACCUUCGUAUUUGAAAAUGUUCUUCUACAUUUGAUGAAAUCCUCCUUUAAUGGGACGAAUUUAGAGAAUAUUGCACAUGAAAAAUUGAUACUAGUCAUCAAUACUUAUAGAGGAUUACUUAUGACUAAAGAAAGGCCUAUAUUCCCUGAUGGAGAACGCAGGUUCUAUGAAGUUGACUUGAAUAAGAUAUCGGUACAUUCUUCGGAUAAAAAUUGGGCCAAUCAUGAGGAACUUGUGAAGUAUUUGUACAAACUUUUCAUGUUACUUGAUUCUAAUAUAGGAUCAGAGGUGUGGUCACCGGAAAAUGAACACCGUCGCCAACCUUCCACACCUUUCUCAAAUAUCACAAAUUUUGGUUUCGGAAUCAAUAAUGAUAACAGUGCAAAUUAUGCACGAAGCCUGAAUAUGGCACUUUUUGCAACCCUUAUUGAGGUUUUGCCCUGCUGUUUGUCAGUGUCUCAAAGCAUUCCAUUCAAAUCUACGAUUGAAAUUCUAUCCAGGAAUGCUGUCCACGCAGAUCAGCUGAUUGCGACAAGUGCCCAAAAUGCAUUGAAAGUAUUAGCUGCCAAAAAGAAUCCCUACACCCUAAUAACUUGGUUCGCUAAAUACUCAUUUGAUUUCGAUGAAAAGACACAAUCAAGGUAUAGCUUGUAUUAUCUUUCUUCCGCAGAAUACAGAACAUUGCUUGCACUAUACGUCGAAUUGCUUGAAUGCUGGCUCGAAGAUUUUACUAAGAACGACAUCCAACAAUCAGAAUCAGAUGCCGCUCUCAAUGGAAUGAAACUGCCCCCCAAAACUUUGGAAGCGAAUUAUCAUGAAUUAGAGAAAAUUGAAUGGAAAAAUACCCAAACUGUCGUGGAAGAUGUCGAAGGCAACGGUUUAUUCUUUCUCUGCAGCGCCGAUGCUUCUAUCCGCCGAUUAGCAAUUCAAAUUCUUCAAUUGACUUCCAAAUUCGAUAAAGCGUUGAUGCAAAAGGCAACAACAUAUGAUAAAGGUCACUCAAGAUCUUCUUCUCGUUUGGUAGCGGAAAGUGGAUCAAGAUUGAUCGAUAUGCUCCCAUCUUAUGAUAUUCCAAAACUGCUAGAACCUGAGAAGCAAUCGCUUAGUGUGGCCGAAAAGUCUAGACUUGUCAAGUUAACCAUGAAAUCUAAGACGAACAUCUUAGUCAGACUUUGUGAAUCUGAAUAUGGGGUCGAUGCGGCUCUUUGGCAAAGAGUAUUUCCAAAACUCUUAACGUACAUAUUUGAACAAUCACCAGUAACUAUGGCAUUAUGCAGGUCCAUCGUCUGCAUUCGUUUAGUGCAACUUUAUGAACUAAUUUUAUCAAUAAUGAGCAACUCCACUGAGAAGUUCAAGGAUAUACUGCCCGAAGCUGUAGUAAAUCAAUGGAAGCUUUAUCUAAUUGUGGCUUGCAGCUCUCUUACUUCAACGAAUGACCAAAAACUACACAUUCCAGCGGCUACUGGACAGCAUGGCCGUAAGAAAAGUCAGCAAAUUUUCACCGUUCAGCAUCAAAAAAUCAAAUCUGCUACUUCUGUUUUCAAAAUGGUCUUGCCUCUAUUAAACUGCAACAAAAACUUUAUUAAAUCUGCAGUAAUCACUGGUUUGAGUGCAAUGAAUAUCAACAUAUACCGCGCAUACAUUGAAAGUAUAGAUCAAUUUAUGACAAGCUGGAACAUAAACAGCUCCAACAAUGUUAUGAGAAUGGAAAUGGUCCAUAUUCUAGUAAUAUUAUCUCCAUUUUUACAAGAUCCACUGAUUAACUCAGAUGACUGGAUUUUACAGAAAUUGUCUCAUUAUCUGAAGGAAAUGAAAAGUUUCCUUGAGAUAGAUGAAGUUCAAAAAUCUUUUGAGUUUCAACCUUUGCGUCAUUACUUUUCUGGUUUCCUUUCCAGUUUCUACUUCUCGAUUAGAACGAAAGUUGAUUGUGAUACCUUCUUUCCAUUCGAGGCGAGGGCAUCUUGCUUCAAUUUCUUAAAAGAAUGGUGUGGAUACGGCCAGUAUACUUCGCUAUCUUCUCAACGAUAUCGAUACAUGGCUGCAAAUUCCCAAAAGGCAUACGAAGAUGCAACCUUUGCAACGGCUUUAGAGUUUCAAAAAAGCAAGCUAGAGACCGUUGCACUUGAAUGCAUGAUCGUGUUGUGCUCAGGAGAGGUUUCUAAAACCAUAUAUGACACCAACGGUCUCCCAAUACAGAUGUCAUUUGAUAUUGCUGGUUUACUUUGCUGGAUUGAUUCACUCUUGCACGCUCCGAAUGACAAAAUAAAAAUACUCGGAGUCAGAGCUUUGAAGACAAUUCUUGAAGCUAACACUUCCAACGUUCAACUUAUGAGGGAUGUUCUGCAUCAAAUAAAGUUACAAACAUCAGAUAAUUUGAUUCAUCAUGCGUAUUAUUCGCUUUUCUGUGAAGCCAUUUGCAGACAGGAUACGCUACUUUUAACUGAGGAUGAACUGGUUGCAUUUGGUUUGAAUGGUGUUGUAAGCAACGAUAAAGCAAUGAGAGAGCACGCAAUCGAUUUAUUAAUAUUCAUUGAAAGUAAACUUUAUGAAUCCUCAUAUGCAAGAAUAUUCAAAGAGCGGUUAUCAAAUCAGUCGAAAACUGUAUACAAAUCUACCGCUCAAGAGAUAUCAAAUAUUUUCGCCGAAUUGUUGCCGCAGGAAGUGAGAUUGAAAGUAUUUUCUAGAAUGUCAGAGUACUUCCACUUACUGCCUACUGAAUUAAAACAGAAUGUUCUCGUUAUGUUUGUCCCGUGGGUCAACAAGUUUACCUUAAAGUCAUCCGAGGACUUGGACACUUUCAUGGUAUUAAAUAAUACCUUUGCUUUGACAAUCUAUUCAAAGAACAGAUAUCCAAUGGAAGUAGAACAAUUGUGGAUUUCGUUAGGUAAAGGAAACUCAUUCCAAAACAUUCACGUUGUUUUAGAAUAUAUUAUAUCUACAUCUAUCAACUGCAGGAACCCAGAGUUUGUGAAGCAUGCUAGAGAGAUUGUGCUAUUUUUGGCUAAUGUUCCGGGUGGAAUGGGCGUCAUAGAUACGUUAUUCCAUAGUCUAGAGCCGAAACAUAUAAUCCCAACAUCGAAAAUACUUCGCGAAGAGCCACAAAAUAAUGAUAAAUAUUCCUUCAUUGCAGAUAUCUGGACAAUCUUGGAUUAUCGUGGUAAAGAUGUUGUUUUCUCUAAGGCUCAACUAUCAAUGAUUUUCUUGGUCAACUUAUUGAUAAUUCCGAAUGAAUCAGUAAAAUCUCGUCUACCGUUAUUGCUCCAUAUAUCCGUUUGUCUACUUGAUCAUCACGUACCUAUCAUCCAAGAUAGCGCGAGUCGUAUCUUAUGUGGUAUUAUUUAUGGCCUGGAACCUACCAACAAAAAUUCCGAUGAAACCGUCAACCUUAUCAAAAAUCGUCAAAUGCUCUGGACGUAUGAGAACUUGACAAAGGAAUCUGGUGCCAGAUCUCCCAAAAGCAUGGACACAAUGAUACGUAAUAUCAUUAGCAUAUUUUCAGAAAUUGAGACCUUACAGGAGGACUGGCAGCGAAUCUCACUCAAAUGGGCCACCACUUGUUCUGUUCGUCAUAUUGCCUGUCGAUCUUUUCAAAUUUUUAGGUCCCUCUUGACAUUCUUAGACCAGGAAAUGCUACGAGACAUGUUGCACAGAUUAUCCAACACUAUUUCCGACGAGAAUCCAGAUAUCCAAGGGUUUGCAAUGCAAAUUUUGAUGACAUUAAAUGCAAUUACAGCAGAAUUGAAUGCUGAUAAGUUAAUUGAUUUCCCGCAGCUAUUUUGGUCGGUCGUUGCUUGCCUUAAUACUAUACAUGAACAAGAAUUUAUAGAAGUUUUAUCUUCCCUUUCGAAGUUUGUUUCUAAGAUCGAUUUAGAUUCACCAGACACAGUUCAAUGCUUGAUUUCAACGUUCCCAUCAAAUUGGGAGGGAAAAUUUGAUGGACUUCAGCAGAUAGUUAUGAUCGGAUUGCGAUCAUGCAACUCAUGGGAGAUUUCGUUGCAAUUUUUAGAUAGAUUAAAUUUGCUCAACGAUAGUCAAAUAAUAGCGAAUAAGGAAUCACGUAUUUUGUACGCCUUACUUGCAAAUCUGCCACGGUUCCUAUACGCCCUUGAUACGAAUGAUAUGAACGAUGGUGUUGUACGCGGUGCUAACUGCUUGAUUUCUUUAUGUAUGGCAAAUGAUGAGCCAUCGCUAUCAAGAAUUAUAGACUCAAUGGUGAAGAACAAAUUCAGAUCGAAGAAGGAUUUCAUGAGCCAAAUUGUUAACUUUAUUAGUUCGAACUUUUUCCCAAAUUAUGCCCCUCAAGCUUUGGUAUUCUUAUUGGGUCUUCUUUUCAACAGCAUGGACUGGGUUAAGAUACAAACUAUGCAACUACUAAAACAUAUCUUUCCAUUGACGGAAUUAUCCAGACCGGAGUUUAUAGGCGUCGGGGCCGACUUCAUUUCACCAUUGCUAAGGCUAUUACUUGGUGAAUUGGAAUCCGACGCGUUAGAGGUACUCAAUACCAUCCCUAAGGUAUCGGGGAGCAAGAUGGAUAAAGAUGUUCUCAGAAUAAGUAUGGGAAAUAAGGACGCGAAGAAGGUAUAUAACAAGACAGCGACCUUAUUUGGAAUCCCCGAAGAGAGCGGCUGGUCUAUUCCCAUGCCUGCGUUGACGGCGGCAUCGACUCGGCAUAAUGUGCACGCUGUAUUUACAACUUGCGCGGUAAUGGUCGGUGGGGAAGUUGAUAAUGGCGAUUCAGGUAUUCUAGAAGAGAUUGUCGAAUUCCAUGCUGAUGGUGGUUAUGUACAAGGAACAGAUGAAUUCGGUGACGUGGUAUCUGUCACAGAAGACAAAGACCCUUCGUUAAGCCAUAUGUGGGCCGAAUUAGACGAUCUUGGCUCUUUCUUCAAUAAAUCGGAUUUUAUGGAGGAAGAACAGGAAGAAGAUGAUGUCUGA